GGCGCGCUGUCGCGGCGCGCAGCUCUGUGUCGCGGAGCUGUCCAGCACUUCAGGAGGAGCCGUGCCGGGAGGGGCCGGGCCGGGCCGGGCCGGGCCGGGCUGAGCGGGGCCGAGCGGGGCCGAGCGGGGCCGAGCGGGGCGGCGCAGGCAGCGCCCGGCGGCAGCGGCUCCGGGCCGGGCCCGGCUGGGCGAGGCAGUGCUGGUGGCGAGGCCACCCACACCAGCAUGGCUCUCUACAACAACGGGGCCGAUGUGCCUUCACCCCAGGAAGCUUCCAAUGGCUUCUCACAGCCCGGAGCCUCAGGAACGUGGCACAAGGGCGAGGAGGAGGUGCGCCUGGUGGAGCCCACCCUGGUGAAGAAGGCUCAUCGGGAGAUCCUGGACCAUGAGCGCAAGCGGCGCGUGGAGCUCAAGUGCAUGGAGCUGCAGGAGAUGAUGGAGGAGCAGGGGUACUCCGAAGAGGAGAUCCGGCAGAAAGUGGGGACCUUUCGGCAGAUGCUGAUGGAGAAGGAAGGCGUGCUCACCAGGGAGGACCAGCACGGGCGCCAAAUUGUGAUAGAAAACCACCACGAUGUGGAUGGGGAGGAGUACGCGGUGGAGUACCCCGACUACGGCGAGGGCUGCCUGCUGCAGUGCGACUGCUCGGCCGAGUGCUACCGCGAGGACAGCAGCCACCGCGAGUACAGGCUGAAGAGGCGCUCGAGCAGCUCCACCUCUCCUCCACCCAAGAAGAAGAAGAAGAAGAAAUCAGGUCACCGCCGGAGCCGCAAAAAGAGGAAACCCGGCUCGGAGCGCAGCUGCGACAGCUCUUCACCCAUCCGCAAGGAAAAGAAAAAGAAGACUGGAAAGAAACACAGACGCGAUAGGUCUGAGUCGGGGUCACGGAAGAAGAGAAGACACAGGUCCCGGAGCCCCAAGAGCAGACGGAAAGAGAAAAACAAAGAGCGCAAGAGGUCCCGCAGCGAGUCCCCGGCCUGGCGCUCGCACCGGCGCAGCUCCUGCAGCUCCCACAGCGCAUCGCUCUCCUCUGAUGACAGCAGCUCCAAAUCCCUCGGCAGGCUGAGCCCCAAGCGCCGGCAGGAUGGCCCCAAGGGCAGCAGCGCCCGCUCCAGCCGCAGCCCGUCCUCGCCCUCGCCGCAGCGCUCGGCCUCGCCGCACCAGAACGGGCACAAAGGCAGCGCCCAGAACGGCCGCCACAGCCACGGCGCCCCGCUCCCGGAGCCCUCGGAUAGGCCAGCCUCGGAGUCCCCCUCUCUGCGGGCUCAUGGCAGGACGGACCCACCGUCCCCCCGUACCCGGGGGGGCCGACACGGUGCCCGCAGCCCCCGGUCGCCCAGCCCGGAGCGGGGUAAGCACGGCCACCGGCACCGGUCCCGCAGCGCAUCGCCGCCGCCGCGCCACCGCGGCCAGAGCAAGGGCCGGCCCUCGGCCCCUCGGGAGCCGGCCGGAGCCGCGCUCAGCCCCGCCGGCUACAGCAGCGACUCGGAGGGCUCGGCGGGGUCCCAUCCCUACCACCCGCCGCUCGGCGCCGACAGGAACCACGGAGCCAAGAAGGUGAAGGAGAGGCACCACCGGGGCCGGCCCAACAGCAGCUCCGAGUCAUCGGCCAAGCACUCCCGGCACGCCUCAGAGCGGAGGAAGAGCCCGUCGCCCAGCCCCGGCCAGCGCAGCAGCUCCUGGAGCUCCAGCGGGUCCCUCUCCAAGUCCCGCUCCCGUUCCCGGGACAAGAGAGCAGGACGCAGCCGAUCCCGCUCGCCCUCGCCCAAGAAAACAGCCAGCAGAGAGAAGGACAACGAGCCCCGAACACGCCACAGUGACCCUGAUCCCACCCGCGCCCGGCGCCGCUCCAGGAGCUACUCGCCCAUCAGGAAGAGGAGACGUGACUCCCCCAGCUUCAUGGAGCCCAGGAGGAUCACGAGCGCUCGCAAGCGUCCCAUCCCCUACUACCGCCCCAGCCCCUCGUCCUCCAGCUCGCUGAGCACCUACUCGUACAGCCGCAGCCGCAGCCGCAGCUACGACAGCUACAGCAGCAGCCGCAGCCGCAGCCGGACUCGCAGCCCCCCCAGCCGCUCCCGCAGCCCCAGCCGCAGCCCCAGCUACAACAGCCGCAGCAGCUCGGAGAGCGCCGGCUUCUGAGCCCACCCCGGUACCCGGACACAGCCCCGCGGCGCCCCGCUGGGACCCGCACCGGUGUCCCCUGCGCCCCAGCAGGGACCGGCACCACCGGGGAGGUGGAAAAGAGCUGCGGGGUGCUAAGGAUGGACCUGGCGGCGUGGGAGAACGGGGCUUGAAAGCUCAAUGGGUCCUUGCAGCGCAUUGGGAGGGGUGAUUCUCCCCCCGCCCCCCCGCCUUCCCGCGAUGGGGUGUUCUGGGGGUCGGGAUGGGGUAGGGGGAGAAUUGAAUCUCUUCUUGUUACUGCGAGCACUGGGAUGGGGUGGGAUGGGGUGAGCACAGAGCGAGGGAACAAACUGCUCUUGGGGCAGAUGGGGACCCCCCCCCCAUGUGCUGUUUUGGGUUGGUUUGACUUUUUUAGCACAAGUGUAUCCUUGGGGGUGGGGUGGGGGGUUGGAAGGGGCUUCUUCAGCCCAGGGCAAUGCAGCCAGAGGUGAGCCCCAGCUUUCUGCUGGCCAGAGUGUCCCCAUGGACCAUUUUGGCCCCCCAGACCCAAGCACACGCCGAGCCAUGGAUGAACAAAAGCCGGUGGCACCCACAGGUCUCUUCACAAGUGGGGACCAUCCCUUUAGGUUAAUGCUGCUCAUCCCAGCCCAGGAGCCCUGACAUCAUCCAUCUCACCCAAUCUGGGGGGGGACCGAGCUGUCACCCACAGGAGGGAGCUGCGGGCUCGAUGGGGAUUUAUCACCUCUGGGGCUGCAUUCAGCCCAUCCUCUGGCGCUGGCACAUUGAACCCACCUUUGGGCUUGAAGCACCCGGCCUCAUUACAGAGGAGAGGGGCAGGAGGGUCCAGGCUUUGCCAAAGCCCCACUUUUGCUGCUUUUCCAAUCAAAAAGCCCCCCCCAGGCACCGAGGACAGUCCUGCCCCCCCUCCCCUCCGGGGCUGCUGGUGUUUAAUCCUCAGCAGCCCCGUGUUUUCCAGCUGGCUGGAGCAGGACGAUGGGAUGAGCCUCGCUGGGUGGGAGAGCAGCUGCCCGGAUUAACCCGCUGCUCCUGAUAAAGAGCAGGGCUUUGGCAGUCCUGAUUGAUGCUGGUUUCCAGCCAGUGGGAUUCGAAUAUCGAGGGGGGGGGGGGGUGUCCUUUGGAGUCCAGGUCUGCUGGUAAUGGAAUGGAUUCGUUAGCUGAUGAUGAACCAGAAGGGCAGAGAUGCGAGCAGAGGGGCACUCCACGGUUGAAUCCCAAACUCAGCAUGUCGAGGAACCAGGCUCAGCCAUGUGCUCAUUCACCAGCCCUUAGAAUCAUGGAAUGGUUUGGGUUGGAAAGGACCUUAAAGCUCAUACAGUUCCAACCCCCUGCCACAGGCAAGGACACCUUCCACUAGAGCAGGUUGCUCCAAGCCCCAUCCAGCAUCUCCAGGGAUGUGCUGUGCUGGGUACCAGCCUGGGGUACCCCAUUCACCCACCCCAGCUCCACCAGGCACCCUCCGCAGUGCCUGGACCAGCAGAGCCAUUAGCAAUGGGGCGAACAGGUAAGGAGGGGACACGCUCAUGGCUCUCCACGGCUCAGCUUGUCUCCAUGGUAGGAGGAGGAGACAAAGGGUCCUGCUGCCCCUGAGCCUGGGGAGAUGAAGAACACGAGUGUCCCCAUCAUCCCUAUGGGGAUGAUAAACCAUUCGCUCCCCAAACCCAUCCCACCCUACCCCACAUCCCCCUUCUCCCCCAUCAAUCACAGCUCAGACUGGCUGUGGGAGCCCCAAAACCCACCUGGGGGAGGGAUGGUCCCUGACAACACCCAGAUUGAAGCCACCAUCACCAUCAGCGGCUGCAGCCCCCAGCCCAGCAGCCCCCCCAAGGCCCCCAGUGCAGCGCGGUGCAGCCCAGCCAGCACAUCAGGGAUCAUUUCCAGUCUUCCUCUUUUACAGUGUCUGUCUCCUGCCGCGGAGGGAGCAAACUGGAACAAACACUCUGUAGAGAUACUGCAGUAUUUUCCUCUCUCUCUCGCGCGCUCUCUUUCCCCUCUGGGUUGUGAGUUCAGCUGUAGACUCAGUGAGCUGGUUCCGUUACAAUAAAAUAUACAGUAUAUAUUGUAAAUGA